UGCCCGCGCAGCUCUCCGCCGUCGCCGCCGCGCGCCACGUCGCGCGCCGCGACCCCGUCCCCUCCGACCACCGCGGCGCCUGCGACGACGCGCUAUGGUGCGCGCCCGGCCGCAUCGUCGAGGAGUUCGAGAUGGCGCAGUGCGUGCCGCCCUACCUCUUCGCCUUCGCCGCCGGCGGGAUCGGCUCCCGCGACCUCGGCCCCAGGACGCGGGUCUACGCCGAGGGCGGGGACACGCUCCUCGACGACGCCGCCCGGGAGUUCGCCGGGGUCGAGGACAUGGUCAAGGUCGGGGAGUCGCUCUUUGGGCCCUAUGAGUGGGAGAGGUUCGAUCUGCUGGUGCUGCCGCCCAGUUUCCCCUACGGCGGCAUGGAGAACCCCAGGAUGGUGUUCCUCACGCCCACGGUGAUCAAAGGGGAUGCUGCAGGGGCGCAGGUGGUGGCCCAUGAGCUCGCGCAUAGUUGGACUGGAAACCUCAUCACCAACAAAACCAAUGAGGACUUCUGGCUAAAUGAGGGUUUCACAACAUAUGCUGAGAGGAGGAUUGUCGAGGUGGUUCAAGGUGAGGAGCGGGCGGCCUUAAACAGCGGAAUUGGAUGGAGAGGGUUGAACAGAAUGAUGGAGAGGUUUAAGGAUAACAUGGAGUUUACCAAACUGAAGCCGAAGAUGGCUGGGAUUGAUCCUGACGAUGUUUACUCAGAAGUGCCCUAUGAGAAAGGAUUCCAGUUCCUCUGGCGCAUCGAACGCCAGAUUGGCCGACCUGCAUUCGAUGAAUUCCUCAAGAAGUAUAUUGCCAACUUCAAGUUCCAAUCGAUAGAUACAGAGACAUUUCUUGAAUUCCUGAAAGCCAAUGUACCUGGGAUUGAAAAUCAAGUUGACCUUCAUGAGUGGAUCAACGGUACUGGUCUCCCUCCGGAUGCCAUGGAGCCAGAAUCAGCUACCUAUAAGAAGAUUUGUGUCUUAGCUGCAGAGUUUAAGUCUGGAAAAAUUCCAAGUGAAGAGGAGGUGGCAGACUGGAGUGGACAAGAAUGGGAGCUUUACUUGGAAAAUUUACCCACAGAUGUUGAAGCAUCACAGGUUACUGCUCUUGAUGAGCGGUACAAGCUGUCAGAAAGCCGCGACUACGAGGUCAAAGUCGCAUUCCUCCAGCUAGCGAUCCCCACGGGCUGCAGGUGUUACUUCAACGAGGUGGAGAAAUGCUUGAAGCAGGUGGGGAGGAUGAAGUACCUGCGGCCGCUCUACAGCUCGCUAGCUCGGUGCUCAGGGGAGGAGGAGAAGAUGCUGGCCAAGAGGAUCUUCUCGGAGGCCCAAGAGUUCUACCACCCGAUAGCACGCGGCGUCGCGGAGAGCAUCCUCUUGAAGCAUGGCUAGUUGAGUUGAAGCCACAUUUUACCGAGCCUGAACUAGAGAGAACAUCUUUGAUGCCCAUUGACUGUUUGCUCGCUCAUUUCUUCCGCAUAAAAUUUAUCUCUCUCCUGGAGCUGACAUUGGGUGAAACUCUGAACUUCCUUCCGUGAUGUGUUAUGUGAGACUGCGUGUGCGUAAUUUAUUCUGACCCUGUAACGAACUUGAAACUCUGCCUCCUGAUAACAAUAUCCUGUGUUGAUACUGCUAUGAUCUCUUAA